CCACACAAACGUGAUCAUUCAUCGACCCCGCUGGCAGGGAGGGAGAGGGAAAAAAGUUUGUGGGACUCGGAAAGUUUGUGGAGUGGAGCCGAGCGGGGAGAUGGAUGCACUCAAGUCUGCGGGGAGGGCGAUCAUCAGGAGUCCGAGCAUUGCCAAGCAGAGCUGGGGAGGAGGCAAGCACAAGAAACUGCCAGAAAACUGGACCGAUACCAGGGAAACACUCUUAGAAGGAAUGUUAUUUCAUUUGAAAUAUUUGGGCAUGACAUUGGUAGAACAGCCGAAAGGGGAAGAGCUGUCUGCAACUGCAGUGAAAAGAAUUGUGGCAACUGCCAAAGCAAGCGGGAAGAAACUGCAGAAAGUUAUUCUGAAAGUAUCCCCACGGGGCAUCAUUCUGUAUGACAGUACAAGUAACCAACUAAUUGAGAAUGUUUCGAUCUACAGGAUAUCCUAUUGCACAGCUGAUAAAAUGCAUGACAAGGUUUUUGCCUACAUUGCGCAGAGCCAGCAGAAUGAAACCUUGGAAUGUCAUGCAUUUCUCUGCACAAAAAGGAAAAUGGCACAAGCAGUCACAUUAACCGUGGCUCAAGCUUUUAAAGUAGCAUUUGAGUUUUGGCAAGUAUCCAGAGACAAAACGGAAAAGAGAGAGAAGUCUGGUUCAGGUGGAGAGGGGGCAAGUAGUUCUCAGUCUGAUGGCUCCUCAAGUAUCACCAGUCUUAAAGCCUCGGCUUCUGCAAACCUUUUGGAUUUGGAAGACUGUACCAAAGCUUUUGAUGUGUUAAAUGCCAGUGACAAUCAUAUUGAAGAUCUAUUUAGGCAAAAUGCAUCCAAUGAGAACAACAAUAUUGUGUGGGAAUUGGAUGAUGGACUGGAUGAGGCCUUUGCAAGGCUUGCCGAAUCCAGAACAAACCCUCAAGUCCUCGAUAUUGGACUGACUGCAAAUGACCUUCAGUCUGAAGAGUGCUUGUCUCCUUCCAGCUGGGAUAAACUGGAGUUGAACCCUGCAGAAGCAGAUGAACUAUUUAUGUUCUGACACUUCUGAAGCUACCAGCCAAUUUUCAGUGCAAUAGUCCAACCAUCCGACCCCUGUCAGUGUCUCAAGAGCAAAUGUAGUUGCGAAGCGUCUGUACACCUUCAGGUGGGAUUGGAAAAACCAAAGCUUUACCUUAGACACUUUAUUUCCACAUUUAUCACAAACGAAAGGAAAAAAGUUUCUGAUAAAACCAUAUGUUUCUUGAAUCAUGCAUUCUGGAGCAACACCGAAAAACCAGCAGGUGAUAUUUUUAGGGGUACACAGUCCUCAAGAAUUCUUGGGAACAUGGAUUUUGUUUGUGGAAAGUACCUUUUUUUUUUUUUUUUUUUUUUUUUUUUUUUUUUUUUUUUUUACUUUUUGUGCAAAAUACCGGACAAAUCCUUCAUGUUCUAAUCCUUUUUUCCAUAUCUUUCAUUAAAUGAACUACAUAUUUCACUACCAUAAGAUAUACGUGGCUGUGGCAUAGUGUUUAGAUAUUUUGUGUUUUAUAUAUACUUAAAAUUCUCGCGUUUAUUCACAUUGGUGUUCCCAUACCAUAUGGUAUCAGUCCUGUAACGUUCUAGCACCAAUUAUGCAGUUGUGCACAGCUGCUAUAUGUGUAUGGAUGCUUAAUUGGCUAUAGAACGUCUGAUUUUCCUCCUUUCUUUAGUCUUAACGGGUUGCUUUGUGACCUUCAUUAUUGUACUUCAAUGUGUUUAUAUCAACAUAUUUACUAGCUAUCACUCAUCUAAUUAGAGCACUUACUUUUUUUUUUAUUUCCCUCUCGCUCACAAAUAUUAGUCCUAACACUAACCUAGCCUACCUAUCUUAUCCACAUGUUCAUUCCUCCAUAGUCUUAAGUAUUGCCAGCUUUUGAGAUUCCAGCUUGCUUUUCGGCUACAUACCAUUCAAACGAGACUAUAACGGCAUCUUGCAAUAUCGUGUAAAGGGUCUGCACAGUAUUAUGAAACCUAUGCAUUUUUGUCUGCACCAGAGUUGACAAUCUUUUUGUAAUGGACAAUAUGUACCCCAUAUUUUUUUGUCUGCAGUUGUUUGCUUAUAAUACUUUUUAAUUGUAUCCUUGAAAAAUGUUUUGCUAUCGUAAAUCUAAAGUGGGUAUUUAAGGGUGAUAUGAAUAUGUGCAUUUUUAAAUCUUUUGGAGUUUCGUUGUACGCUGAGUUCUUAACAAUUUUGUCAUGGAUGAAAGUAUUUGAUAGCCUCAAAGUAAAUCUGACGCAUAUUAAGGAGUAUAAUAUCUACUAACAUCUAGUCCAUGUUCAUUAGCACUACCUAUUUCUAUUCAAAAUUGUACUGGGUCGAGCUGUAACUGCAGGAGGUGUUUGUUUUUCCUAGGUAAAAUGGCCAGCUCCUUAUGUAUAAUGUUUCCUGCAGCCAUUUUAGAACCAAAGUAACUAUUUUACUCGUGCUCUGUUUAACAAUAUUGAAUAACAUGGCAAUUCUAUUUAGAUAUAAAGCUAUAUGUAAUGGAGGUGAAAAUCAGGCAAAUUUUGGGAAAACUAGACAUGAAAUGGCUGCAAAUUGUCCACCACAUUUUUAAUGUAAUUCACAUGAACGUUAUUUUAACGGCCAUAAAAUGAAACAUGAGAAUGCAUCUGUGCAGCAUGCAGACUGGGUAUUUCUAUCAUUUGUAGCUGAAUGCACCCAGGCCUUGCACCUUGGGAUUCAUGACCAUGAGUUUCUAAAGCACUAUCUUACUGGAGGUUUUUUUAUCUUGCACAUUUCGUUUGGUCUUCCCUGCUAUGUUGUGAAAAGAGCAACAAUUUAUGGUAUUUUACACAUCAGGAAGCGUUUUCUUCACAGGCAGACUUAAUACGAAGCUAUGCAUUUUAAGCAUUAACAGAUUAUUUAUAUUAAUACCAAUGGCUUCAUAAAUAAAUAUGGUUUAAAAGCACAGGUAAACAGAUGGAGGGCUACAGAUUGACUAUCCUUCAUGUAUUAGUUCAGUUUGGGAAACACCCUAAAUCUUCACCACUUCAACACCCUUUAUGUUCUUGAACUGUUACAAAAUCCGGUUGCUCCUUCAACCAUGCCAUUAAAAUAUGGAAGUAAAAUCACAAUGUUAAACAGCACAUGGGGGUAAUGUUCCUUUAAUCUUCUCUUAGCUUCCAGCUCUCCACACAUUCUGCUGUACUGUAAAUAUUGGCAAUAUUUAAAAUGCUAUUGACAAUGUAUCAGAAACCAGAAUAAAUAUUCUUGGUUUAAUGUCCAA